AUGAAAGUAUUGAAAGUAAUGAUGGGUUUGAUGUGGGAGAAGGUGGAUGUAAAGGAUUUGAUGUUGCGGAUGGUAAUUGGGUUGGUGGUUUUUUGGUUGGUGAAGGAUACUUUGUUGGCCUUGGCGGAGGGUUUGCAGUUGGUGUGGGUACUGAAGGUUUUGGGAGUAGGGCGGAUACUGAAGGUUUUGGAGGUGGUGGGACAGGUGGUGGGUUUGGGAAUAAGUAGUUGGUUGGGGGUUAAAUGGAUUGGCUGGUGGUUAUUGCCUGUGGGUGGGAGAGUUCGGGGUCGUGUGAUGGUAGUAGUUGCUCAUGCUGAUGAUGAGUCAAUGUUCUUUGGGCCUUUGGUGGAUCAGUGUUUGGACUUGGUUUUGGUUGUCUGCACGGACGGGUCUUUAGGAGGAUGUGCUGAAGUACGGAGGAAAGAGAUGGAAUUGGUGGCUAAAGACUUAGGGUGUAAGGUUUACUUUCUGAAUCGGCGGGAUGGAAGUUUGGAGUAUAGUGAGGAAAUAGUUGCCGAGAUAGUGGAAUUAGGAAGACGAGAGGGGAUAGAGGAAGUGGUUAGUUUUGAUGAAGAGGGAGUUUCAGGACAUUCGGAUCAUAUUGCUUGUAGCCGAAUAGCCUAUCAAGUUGGUUUAAGUUUAGGCUUGCGACGAGUGUACCAGCUACAGUCUUUGCCUUUACCAGGAAAGUAUGGGACCGUGUUUAGCUUUUGGGCUGAUUCUGGGCUACUAAUUAAGACGGAGUCAUUAAGAUCUAUCUUAAAAACAAGAGAGAGAAUGUGCAUGCACCGCUCACAACUACUCUGGUUUAGGUAUCUGUACAUUAUUUUCUCAACGUACAUGGACGUCAACAUCUUAGUCCCUCGUGUAUUUGGCACUUACAAAGUGUAUUGA